AUGAAAAAUACCACAAUAAAACACAGAAAGGAAGCCAUCAAUUCUUAACCUUCAAAAAGUGCCGCACUAUUUAUUUCACACGAAACCCCGCCAUUAAAGCGAUGGAUAAAAAGCGAGGAAGAAAUCCCAUCCCGUGACCCUUCCGAGAUCAACUCGAAGUGCAAAAGGAAACCAAACUCCCAAUUUAAUCUGAAGUAUGGGGAAAAGAUGAAACUUUUUUAAGUAAUGAAAAAUACAGAUUUUAACAUAGAAAAGAACACAUCUUUGACAGCACUCCGAGACUUCCACAGAAAAAGAGAAGUGAAAAAGGCACACGUAUUCAUCACCAGAGGGGAGAGAGACAGAGAACCCACCCUCACUAAACCUCGAUUCUGAUGGCUAAAACCCCAUUCAACGACGUUCUAAGAGCACAAAAAGGGGGAUCAAUCUCCCUCGCUCAUUCACUAGGAUCACAUGCGCUCGCUCGCUUGUUCUACAGUAUCAGAAAGUAAAUCUUUUGUGCAAACAGCUCUUGUGAUGACACUUGUAGUCCAAAAAGAGGGGCAGAAAAAGGAGACAGAGGGAGAGAGAGGGCGUCCGGGCGAGGGGAGGGGAGUUGAUAUAAACCCCUUCAGGCCUUGCCCUUUCCCCAUAUAGGACCGCAACGUCUUCCCUUCCUUCUCCGAAUCUAAACCAAAGAAACGUAAAAGGAGAAGAGAAUGUGCAGGCCACCAUCCCCUUCGCCUUCCACCUAUCUCCUUUCUGUGGACAAAACAGAUAAUCAACUCCCGGUCAAAGGCACGUCGACUCUUCAUGACGAUGACGACGACGACGACUCCUGCGUUCUCCACAGAUGGCCUACUCCCUCCGAGGUGGUGGAGGAGGUGAGGUGCAUCAGCAGAAUCUCGGUACCGACGGUGGUGACAGGGCUGAUCCUCUACUCCAGGUCGAUGAUAUCCAUGCUGUUCCUGGGCUACCUGGGGGAGCUGGAGCUAGCGGGCGGCUCUCUGGCCAUCGGUUUCGCAAACAUAACAGGGUAUUCGGUGAUGUCCGGGCUGGCCAUGGGGAUGGAGCCCAUCUGCGGCCAGGCCUUCGGCGCUCAGCAGUGGAAGCUCCUCGGCCUCACCCUGCAACGCACCGUGCUGCUUCUCCUCUGUGCGUCACUCCCCAUUUCCAUGCUCUGGCUCAACAUGCAUCGAAUCCUCACCUGGUGCGGCCAGAACGCUUCCAUAUCCUCCGCCGCCUACACCUUCGCGCUCUUCUCCCUCCCCGACCUCGUAUCCUUGGCCUUCCUUCACCCUCUUCGCAUCUACCUCCGUGCGCAGAACAUCACCCUCCCUGUCACGCUCUGCUCUGCCCUCGCUAUCGCCCUUCACGUCCCAGCGAACUUCCUCCUGGUCGUGUACCUUAAGCUCGGCGUCGCCGGUGUCGCCCUCGCGUCUGCCUGGACUAACCUCAAUAUGUUGGCGUUCGUGCUCGCGUACGUCCGCCUCUCCGGCGUUUACCGCCCGUCGUGGGUGGCGCCGGGUAUGGAUUGUUUCCGCGGUUGGGCGGCGCUACUCCGGUUGGCUAUCCCUACCUGCGUGUCCGUCUGCCUCGAAUGGUGGUGGUACGAAAUCAUGGUGCUGCUCUGCGGCCUGCUAGCGGACCCGAAGGCGACAGUGGCGUCAAUGGGAAUUCUCAUCCAGACGACGGCUCUCGUCUACGUCUUCCCUUCGGCGCUCAGCCUCGGCGUGUCGACGCGCGUGGGGAACGAGCUCGGAGCCAACCGGCCUGGGAGGGCGAGGAUCGCCGGCGUGGUGUCGAUGGGUUGCGCGGCUGCUCUGGGGCUCUGCGCCAUGAGCUUCGCCGUGGGGAUGAGGCACAGGUGGGGACGCCUUUUCACGUCGGAUCCACAAAUUCUCCAUCUGACGUCGGUUGCCUUGCCCAUCGUUGGCCUCUGCGAACUCGGAAAUUGCCCCCAGACCACCGGCUGCGGCGUGCUGCGAGGCACCGCCCGCCCGAGCGUGGGCGCUAAUAUCAACCUUGGCUCCUUUUACUGCGUGGGAAUGCCGGUGGCUCUUCUGCUCGGGUUCGUCGCCGGCGUCGGUUUCCGGGGCCUCUGGCUGGGACUGCUGGCAGCUCAGGCCACUUGCGCCGCCGCCAUGAUGUGGGCGCUGGUGAGGACCGACUGGGCGCAGCAGGCGGAGCGGGCCAGGGAGUUGAUGAACAGCGGUGGCUCUGCCCCUUCUUCUUCUGCCGCUGCUGCUACUGGUGGAAACAGUAAUAAUAAGGAUGGUGGGGGCGGUGCGGUGGUGGUGGUGGUGGUGGAGGACAAAGAUGAUGCUGCUGCCGAUGGUGGUUCUGCUGCUGAUGACGAGGAUGGUGAAUCUGACCCGUUGAUGAGCCGUGUUUGAUGGGUGGAGGCAUGUUCAUUUCUUGUUCUUUUUUGCUCUUUCUCUUUUUCACUACUUGUAAAUUAUUAAUUGGUUGAAAGAGCUGAUCUGAAUUGGAGCCUUUGUAAUUUUAUAAUUUUUUCCUGCUUCGGAGAUAAUUAAAGUUUCCUGAUUUGCUCCU